AUGGCUUCUCCGUCCAAAGGCAAUGACCUGUUUUCGUCCGAUGAAGAGGGCCCGGCGAUGGUGGCCGGGCCGGGCCCGGGGACUGGGGGCGCCGAGGGGGCCGCCGAAGAGCGCCGCGUCAAGGUCUCCAGCCUGCCCUUCAGCGUGGAGGCGCUCAUGUCGGACAAGAAGCCGCCCAAGGAGGCGUCCCCUUUGCCGGCCGAAAGCGCCUCGGCCGGGGCCACCCUGCGGCCGCUGCUGCUGCCCGGACACAGCGCCCGGGAAGCGCACAGCCCCGGGCCGCUGGUCAAGCCCUUCGAGACCGCCUCGGUCAAGUCGGAAAAUUCAGAAGACGGAGCGGCGUGGAUGCAGGAACCCGGCAGAUAUUCGCCGCCGCCAAGACAUAUGAGCCCUACCACCUGCACUCUGAGGAAACACAAGACCAAUCGGAAGCCGCGCACACCCUUUACCACGUCCCAGCUCCUCGCUCUGGAGCGCAAGUUCCGCCAGAAACAGUACCUCUCCAUUGCGGAGCGUGCAGAGUUCUCCAGCUCUCUGAACCUCACAGAGACCCAGGUCAAAAUCUGGUUCCAGAACCGAAGGGCCAAGGCGAAAAGACUGCAAGAGGCAGAACUGGAAAAGCUGAAAAUGGCUGCAAAACCUAUGCUUCCCUCUGGCUUCAGUCUCCCUUUCCCAAUCAACUCGCCCCUGCAAGCAGCAUCCAUAUACGGAGCAUCCUACCCUUUCCAUAGACCUGUGCUUCCCAUCCCGCCCGUUGGACUCUAUGCGACACCAGUCGGAUAUGGCAUGUACCACCUAUCCUAGGGAAGAACAGCUCAAUAGACUUCAUGAUGGAUGUUUGUUUAAAAGGGUCCCCAUCCCUCCAAGAAGGCAGUACCAACAUAGUACUCCUGCUGUGCAAACCUUGCAUGCACCACCCUAAGCCCUAAGUGGGCCACAGGACAUAGUUCGAAUUUGUUCUUUA